GGGGCCCCUUGAUACUGGAGGGACCUGCCAGAACCCACUGACUCCCCUACACUGUUCCAGGUGCCAGAAGGGAGAACGAGGAGACCCCAGACCAGCACGGACAUCCUGAGGCAGCCUGAGGGGUCUCUUAAGACCAAUCUCAAAUCCCAGCUGACCGAGAUGAGGUGCUUCUGGUCCCUGCGGACAGAGGUGGGCCUGGCUGCAGCCCUGGGCACCUUAAUCUUGCUUCUCUUCCAUCUGCACGUGUCACCCCCCACCAGCCCAGGACUGAAGGAGUCACUGGGCACCCCUAUGGCUCUGACCUGGGACUCUCCGCCCUCCAGCCCCCAAGCCGCCCCCUGCCAGGCCAACACCUCUGUGGCCACCCUGCCGAACUUCAUGGGUCAGCCGGGGCAUGUGCGCAACUUCCUGCUCUACAGACACUGUCGUGACUUCCAGCUGCUGCAGGAUGCGCCCCUGGACAAGUGCACGCAGCCGGUCUUCCUGCUGCUGGUGAUUAAGUCCUCACCCAGCAAUUACGAGCGCCGGGAGGUGGUGCGACGCACGUGGGGCCACGAGCGCCAGGUUCAGGGCUUCCCGCUGCGCCGUCUUUUCCUGGUGGGCACGGCCCCUGACCCGCUGGAGGCCCGCAAAGUCAACCGGCUGCUGGAGAUAGAGGCGCAGAGGCACGGGGACAUCCUGCAGUGGGAUUUCCACGAUUCCUUCUUCAACCUCACCCUCAAGCAGGUGCUCUUUCUACAGUGGCAGGAGACUCGGUGCACCAAUGCCAGCUUUGUGCUCAAUGGGGAUGAUGACGUCUUUGCACACACAGACAACAUGGUGUCCUACCUGCAGGGCCACAACCCUGACCACCACCUCUUUGUGGGGCAGCUGAUCCUCAAUGUGGGCCCCAUCAGGGUUCCCUGGAGCAAGUACUAUGUGCCGGAGGUGGUGACACGGCAGAAGCACUACCCACCCUAUUGCGGGGGUGGUGGCUUCCUGCUGUCCCGCUUCACGGCAGCUGCCCUCCGCCGGGCCGCCCACACCCUGGACCUCUUCCCCAUCGAUGAUGUCUUCCUGGGCAUGUGCCUGAAGCAGGAAGGCCUGAGGCCUGCCUCACACAGUGGGAUCCGUACGGCGGGUAUUUGGGCCCCCUCACCACACCUAUCCACCUUUGACCCCUGCUUCUACCGGGAGCUGCUGCUAGUGCACCGCUUCUUGCCAUAUGAGAUGCUGCUCAUGUGGGACGCACUGAACAAGCCCAGGCUCAUCUGUGGCAAGCAGACACAGAUGUACUGAGGUUGUGUCAGGGUCCCCAGCCUCUAGGCUCCUGUCUCCAUCUCCCUAGGAAGGGCCUGUAUCUUCCUCCUGGAAAGCCGAGACCUUGUCCUAAGUGGGCUGGGCAGAGGGGAGUGCCACGGAGGGUUUGAUGAGUGACUAGUUUGGCAGGUGAACUCAUACACACCCCUCAGAACCCACCUGGUACUUGAACUCAUGUCCCAUCAUCUUCCUGGACUCUCUGCUAAGGGACCAUCUCUUUCCAUGGCAGCUAAAUGGCAGAAGCACCUCUAGGCUUCCCGCUGCCAUUUGAGUCAAGGUUCCUCCCUAUCCCUAUCUCCGGUCUUGAUUAUGGGCUGGACCCCCAGACAGUGGCCAGCCUCUCCCUGGCAGUGAACAGGCAGUGCUUUCAUGGUGGGUGAGCUCUGGCCUGUGGAGUUCAAGGCCAACUGGGAGCUCCUGGGUCCACACACAGUUGAAGCAAGAAGCAUUCUUCCAGGGCAAAGAGGGGUUCCGUUCUCGACCCCCAUCCCCAGAUCUCAGACCCCCUCAGAUGGUGGGAGGAGCCAGGAGACUAUGAAUGGGAGCACCCCCACUGCUGCUUUUGGUUGUCAAGCACUCCAACUGGAAGCGGUCUGUCUCAGGCUAUGGGAGCUCAGAGUUCCUGGGGUCCGUGGCAGGACCCUGCCCCCACACCGCUGUUUCCCAAGAAUCCACAGAACAGCCCUGGGGUCAGAGGGGUCCUCACAGGGCUCAAGGCCAGAACACACACCGACCCAGACCCCAGAGGAGAGGAAGAUUCAGGUCCUUGGGUGGCCCUGAGCCCCCGGGACUUAGGGCUGGCCCCCACCCCAGUGUGUCUUUUGGGUUGGGGAGAUCCAAGCGAACUGUGCUCACCAGCCCUGGCAGCCUCAGACAGGUGUCUGGGACUUGGCACUUUCGCGGGCAUUGUAGUGGUGGUGGGGAGGACUUCCACAGAGGGAGGACUGGCAGGUGGGUCCUCAGAGAAUAAAAUG